CGGACCUCUCCGAUUGGAGCACCUUUCGCUUGACGCGCAAUCAGGUCCGGAAACUCUUUUUCUGUAUAGUUUUUUUUUUUUUCUUUUUCUUUUAAAGGACUGCGCGAGUUAUCCAUACCGUUUGUCUAUGAACUAAUCUGGGAGUGGGACACAGUUGGGUUGCCCGUCCAUAGAGUGUGGUACAGGUGACAGUUGCGCGGCUUGUUUCAAUAACAGGUAAUAAUGCCCUGGUUAGCACUUUCAUUUUCUUUGUUGUCAGCCGCUCGCGUCGCGUACCCAUGUUAGGAGGGAAACUGUUUUUGUGAGCUGCAGUGCCAUUGUGUUAGUUUCAAGUGGGAUUGAGGCGACCAGGUCUGCCUUGUUUGUAGCUGGUGCAGCUGCAGGUUUUCAGUUUAGUUUUAGUCUUGCGAAGUUGAAAAUACAACGUCAGUUGUUUUUUUUGUUUUUUUUUUUUUGAGAUAUGUCUUCUCAAAUAGUUUUUUUUUCAUUUGUAGAGUUGCAGUUGAUCUUUUAAUAAUCUUGAGUGAUAUUGUCAAACGGAUAUAAAUCAUGUGCGAAAUAUCAUAAAGUUUUGGGUAAGUAAACAUAAUCAUAUAUAUAGAAUAGAUUUAACGUGUGAUUGCAAAGUGGCUUUAAAAUACUUGACAUCAGAUGAGUUUUUAAUUACUGUUUAAGACGCUUUGGAAUUAUUGUUAUCUCGAUAGGUAAAACAUCUACAUGUAUUAUGUGCAUUGCCUUGACAUAUAUGUAAACGUGUUUCUGGGUUAAAUUCCGAGUUGAUUUAUGGAGUGCCACCCCCACCCAGUUUUGCAUUCCAACACCUUCCCCACAUUCACGUAUCAUUAAGAAAGGAGUAAAACAAUUAUUAUUUUUUUCCUGAAGAGGAGUUAAUGUGGAAAAAAUUUACUUUAACGAAGUCAGAAAUGUAUAGGUACUCUUAAAAAAAACAAAACAAAUGCAGGCGUUAGAUAAAUUGGCCAUUAUAAAAAUUCAGAUGCAUUUAUAGAUCUGUAGCUAUACAUAUAGUUAUAUAUAUGUGUGUGUGUUUGUGUGUGUGUGUAUGUGUGUGCGUGUGUGUGCGUGUGUGCGUGUGUGAUUGAAGGCAAUCGUAUAUAGGAGCUAUCAGGUCUUUUAUUACUUGCCAUUAGAAAUUUGACUAUUUUUCAACUUGGCUUGGGUAAAGGAAGCUAUUUACUGAUAACAAUAAUUCAUGACAACAACAAAGAUAACAGAGUUUCGGGUGACCGGAUUUUAUCACAGCCCAUUCUUAAAUCCUAAAGAUAAGGAAAUUCAAGGGGGGUAACUGCUUUUAAAACAACAGUAGAAAAUGGCAGCUAUUAGUUUAUUUGAAAGCUCAGAGCAGCAUCUUAUUUCAAGUAUAUGAAAUGGCCAAGGAGUCAGUUUUCUAAUACAAAAUAUUUACACAAUGUAAUAUAGAAAUAUAUGGUUUGAUUUAAAAAGCUGCAUUUUAAUAAUAACGUGAAGGAGAAUUUACCUCAGAAAAAAAGCUUUUGGAGAGGAGUUUUGCCCAUUUUAAUAAUUAUCACAUUAGCCUUACCCUGGGUAGCACCAAUAUUCUGUUAACAGCGAUAUGGUAAAACCAAAUAAAUUUAAAAAAAAAAAAAAUAGACAUUUUAAAACUAUGUUGAACUGGAAUGAGACAAGAAAUGAUCUUAACUGUAUAAAGAACACUUCUUCUUUGACAUGUCAAACAUGCAGGAAAAAAAAUAGCUAACUAACCCAAGGAAUAAAAAUAUUGUUUUUAAAAUAAUCCUUUCAGUACUGGAUUUUCCAUGAAGUGAUGCUCUUUGGCUAUCCCAUUUAAAAGACAAGAUGUGGAAUGAACACAGUCUGCCAUUACUUGUCAUCAUCGCGAUGGUUUUGUGUAGAAAAGCCACAUCGGAGUCAGCUCUAACAAUUAAUGUGACAGUGGGACCUUUGGAAUUGUACCUACUCAAGUUAAGCCCUGCGGAAUUAGAAGGGUAAGUUAAUUUUGAAAUACAUUAAAAUUGAUUAUUUUAAAAUUCUAAAUCUAUUUUUUUUUUAAAAUAGAGUUGAUUUUAUUUAUUAGAUUGAAAAAACAAUGUUAGGUUAAAUAAAUCUUAAUAAUAAAUUGUCACAGAUUUAUAAUGGCAACUACUUUUAAUUUAAUGUAAUUAAUCAGUUUUUGGAAUUCAGAAAAAACUAUUUUCUUUUAAACGACUGCGCGAGUUAUCCAUACCGUUUGUCUAUGAACUAAUCUGGGAGUGUGACACAGUUGGGUUGCCCGUCAAUAUUAAAUAAAUAUUUUGAAUCUCAAAGCAUUAUCUAUCUUUAUUCAGCAUCAGUUUAACUAUUGCUAAAUCAUUAUUUUCCUAAAGCUGUUUCUAUUUUAAUAAAGUGUACUGACGAAAAUGUAUUGAACACUUCUCAUUCAAGAUAGCACAAAUUUUAGUCAUAUAUUAUAACUUGUUAGAUUUUUUAUUUUGUUAAUGAUUUUUACGUCGGGUGUAGAUAGUUUAUAAAAAUUCUUCUAUAUUCAGACUUGCUCUGUUUGUUACCAUCGCUCAAAUAUAAUACAAUCAUUUAAUAUAAUAACAUGUGUGUCCGUCCCCCCCCCCCAGAUUCUACAGUUGUUUAUGUAACGAUGGCGUCAAAAUGUGCGGUGCUAACACAUCACAGUCGACGGUGCAGGACAUCUUUUACGAAUCUCAAAACACAUCUGAGAAGUUUUCGCCAGUCUUCGAGUGUGAACUGAAGUCUCCAACGUUCAGCUCCUUGGAAUGCCACAGACAGCCGAUGUCCUCGUGCAACUGCACGACCGAUUGUUUUAUCUAUAGAGUGAAUGACAGGGCGUGUUCCAACGGCCCAGUUGCCGUAAAGUGGAGCCAAUAUAUAAGUGGCAUUUUCGACAAUAAAAUGAUGUCAAUAACAAAGGGGAAUGACUCAUUGUGCACUGCAGCGACGACAACUCCUGGGAUUCCGGCCCCACCCCUUGAUGGCGUGAAUACGGUGGCCACAUCUUUGGUUGAAGGGGACGUGCCUCAGGUGAAAUCAGAUUUCUUUCAAGGGAUUACGGAUGACCCCGACGGCGGCCAUAACGGUGGAUUACCUCCAGACGACAACACGGGCGUCAUAGUUGGCGUGUUGUUUGGGAUCGUAUUUCUCGUCGCCAUCGUCGUUGUAGCUUUCUUGAUCUGGAAGAGAAACCUCCUAGACAAGCUACCAAAGCUUGGCGUUUUAACGCGUCGUCUACUCAGACGAACGGCUCGAAACGCCGAGACGAGCCCCACGCAAUAUGACGACAGUAGCGAGUACAACGAUGUCGAUUACCAGGUCGCCAACGGGGCGGUCAUAAAAGACAACAACAACUUUGUCAUCGCGAUCGAGCCCAGUGAUGGGCUCCAGUACUUCAGCAACCGGUCGGUGAACGAUAACGAAGUGGCGAAUCCAGCUUUCGUAGUCGAUUCUCUUUCGGAGAGCGACGGAACCGAGGAUUAUGAAAACAUCCAGUUUAAUAACGGAAAUGACGACGGCUUGGUAUACGAAGACGGAAACAAAGAGAUUGCGGCUGCGCGAUCUGACGUAAUCGACGGCGAUGAAGAAUCGAAUUACGAUGCCGUGUACGAAAGCUCGGCAAAUCUUAGCAGAAACAGCGCCGUAGAUUGCCCGGACGCCGGCGUGCACCACGAGAAAGUUCCAGAAACGUCUUCGGGUAAUGAAUACGCCAAUGUCGCAAACGUCUACGCUAAACUUAAUAAAAAAGGUUCAGAACCUGAUGGUGGAUGUAACGGAGUGGUGGAUACCUACGAGGAUGUUGACCUGCAGGCGAGAAUGAAGAACGAAUUCAGCCAUUCGUUGGCGCUUGCGUUAUCAGAGCGUUCUUCGAAAAACAAGGCUCAAAGUAUGCUGGAAAUUGUUCAUCUACCCCCGAAAAAAACAAAUUCUGAGGAAAUUGAAACCAACGUCAAUCGACCAGACACGAACUCACUAGUUACAAAUAGUAGGUUAACUGAGAAAACUAUUUCAUCUAUUGGGGACCCAUUGCAAGAAGAAUCACAGGAGAAAGGUGCUCACGAUUACAAUAACUCUUCCCCUCUAUCAGCUGAUGUUCAUGAAAUCCCCAAUGUUUAUUUCGAGUUGGAAAAGGAAACAGACGAUUACGGAUUAGCCGAAGAUGCUGUUGAUGUGAUAGAGGAGGGUUUUGAAGAACAGUUUGACUAUUUUGCUCAUUCGGACGUGUAAUUUAUACUCGCACAUUUAUAUUUAUUUUCCUUGCAAGGAUUAAUCCUAACUUAAACAUCGGGAUGUGUAUGUUUUAACAUCAUCGUGUUGUGCUACUUAUGAUUCUAAAUGCCGUGCAUUAGCUAUAGAUAUUUUGGCGCCCCGGUGGGGGGGGCGGGGUUGGAGCCCCCUUGAUUUUGUCGCUUCAAUGAAAAAAAACAGCAAUGAGUACAAAAUACAAAAAUAAUAAUAAGUUAUAUGAAUUAUUAUAAGUGGAUAAAACAAUAAAGCCCCCCAAAAUUAAGUCCCACCCGGAGCUGGAACCCCCUCCUAAUCACUUUCAUGCGCCAGUUCUUAUACUGUAAAAAGAUAAUUAUUUAUUUUUGUGAUUAAAAUUUUUGGUCUCCUAUUGCAUAUUAAUACCUUAAUAGUAGCAUAUAUACAGAACGUCCUGCAAAAAUUCUGGUGUUUGCUCAUGUUUAGUCCUUGUCAAUCAAGCUACUUGAAAAAAUAAUCCUUCAUUUCAGGGAAAAAAAAUAACACGAUCAGUACUUUACCUUAUAGGGGAUUUUAAAAAAAUAUGAAAUAGAAUUUUGCAAUCUUUGUUUGAAGAAGUAAAAUUUAUAAAACAGAGCGUUAUACAUUUGACAAAAAAGUAUCAAGAACACAUUGCGGUCUCAUAAGGGUCGUAUCAAGUUUUUUAAUGGAUCCUCGGUAUCAGUUGAUGAUUAAUGCCAUGUAUACAAUUGCUGAUUCAUGUCAUAUGUAUUUUUAAUGUAGAGUUAAAAUAUGACCGUCCAUUUCAACUUCGAAAUUCAGAAAAAUUUUUUUAGUUUUCAAGUUUAAAACCCCAUUUUACAUUUCUAGAAUGCACAACUUUUUCCUACAAACACCACUUUUAAAUAACAAAAAAACUUUCAUAAAACAACUUUUACUUAAAACACCACUUUUAAAUAACAAAAAAAUAGCUUACAUGAAAACAACUUUUACUUAAAACACAACUUUUAAAUUUAAAAAAAAACUUACAUGAAUACAACUUUCUCUUAAAACACAACUUUUACACACACAAAAACACAACUUGUACACAACACACGAUUUUUACAUAAAAAGACUUCUUUUACAUAACUAACACUUUUACAUUAAAUAAAACUUUUACAUAAACAACUUUUAUUCAACACAUAAAUUAUACAUAACACACGACUCUGACGUAACACACAACCUAGACAUGACACCUAACUUUAACAUAUCCCGGUGUCAGUGUUUAGAACCAACCACCUAACGUUAUUGUAAUUGUAUAUCUCCAAACGCAGUCAAAUGGUACCAAAAAAAAUUGUUCAUUUCCCCAUUUAUUUCAGUAUGUGUCAUGUAUUUUUAGAAAAUGGUACUGAAAAACACUGCAUUCCAUUACGUACUAAAUAAAUGAUCAAUCUUCUUUAACACAAAAGAAAACGUUUAGUAAUGAUCACUACCAUAUUUUUUUUUUUAAAUGAUUCGUUUUAAAUCUAACCAUUCCUAAAGCUUUCUACAUAAGUAAAUAUUGA